AUGGAAAUGAGCAAGCUGCUUGCUGACAUUUCCACUGAGCUCACCGAUCAAGAUCCAUUCUACGUCGUCGAUCUUACGACUGUCCUUGCAAAACUCAACCAAUGGAAAGUGCUUCUUCCAAGAGUAAAGCCAUUCUACGCCGUGAAAUGUAACAACGACGCAUACAUUGCCCGAAUGCUGGCCCUUGCUGGUUGUGGCUUCGACUGCGCCAGUAAGGCUGAAAUCAAGGCUGCUUUGGAACUUGGUGUGGAGCCUUCCAGGAUUAUAUAUGCAAAUCCUUGCAAGCAAGCAAGUAUGAUUAGCUUUGCGAAGAGGUCCGGUGUGAAGAAGAUGACUGCAGACAACAUUGAGGAGCUUUACAAGAUUGCUGACAUCUUCCCCGAUGCAGAAAUUGUGAUCCGGAUCGCUGUCGAUGACUCGAAAUCCGUCUGUCGCUUCAACUCCAAAUUUGGAGCCCCGAAGCACGAGUGGGACGCGCUCCUGCAAACGAGCAAGGCCUUGGGAAUCAAUGUGGUUGGCUUCAGCUUUCACGUGGGAUCGGGCUGUGGGGAUCUCAAACCGUUCGCGGAUGCCGUGGAAUCUGCCAGGGAAGCUUUCGAUCUCGCCUCUAGCUAUGGAUUCAAUCCAGUUCUUCUCGAUUGCGGUGGAGGAUUCCCUGGGACAGACGAUGGUGAAUUUUCGUUCCGAGAUGUUGCAUUGACUUUGUCCGACGCUUUGGAUCACUUCUUUCCUCCAUCUUCAGGAGUUCAGAUCAUUGCAGAGCCUGGCAGGUACAUGGUUUGUGCCAGCCAUACCUACGCAGUUGCUGUCAUUGCCAAGAGACAGCUUAGCGAGUCACAGCUUAAGUCAGAGGCAGUCGGUGAGGACAAUGCUCCCGAGGUUGCGCUGUAUAUCAAUGAUGGCUGCUACGGAUCCUUCAACUGUGUGGUAUUCGAUCACGCAGUCGUGGUUCCGCAUGUUCUCUUUGAUCCCGUCGAUCCGGUGCGCAUUGUACCUACGAAGCUGUUCGGCCCCACGUGUGACAGUAUCGAUGUUGUGCUGCCUUGCACGAGACUCCCAGAACUGAAUGUGGGUGACUGGAUCUGGUUUCCUGAUAUGGGUGCCUACACUCGUUGCGCCUCCUCCAAAUUUAACGGGCAAGGCCAUCAUGAUAUUGUGUACGUGUGGAGAGGAAUGCCUUGA